AUGGCCCUUAAGAGAAUCCAAAAAGAACUUAUCGACCUUGGUAGAGAUCCUCCCGCUAACUGCUCAGCCGGUCCAGUCGACGAGAAAGACCAGUAUCACUGGCAAGCAACUAUUAUGGGGCCAGAUGAUAGUCCAUAUGCAGGCGGUGUUUACUUCUUGAACAUCCACUUCCCAACUGACUAUCCCUUCAAGCCACCCAAGUGCACUUUUACUACAAGAAUCUAUCACCCUAACAUCAACUCAAACGGUUCAAUUUGCUUGGAUAUCCUCAAGGAUCAAUGGUCUCCAGCACUCACCAUCUCAAAGGUUCUCCUCUCAAUCAGCUCUUUGUUGACUGACGCUAACCCAGAUGACCCACUCGUACCAGAAAUCGCCCACAUCUACAAAACCGACAAGGCAAAGUACGAGGCCACUGCCAGAGAGUGGACCAGAAAAUACGCUAUGUGA